AUGGCUGGCACAUCUAACACAGCUGGUAUCCCUGCACCUUUAGCUGAAGGACACUCUAUCACUAGACCACCUUUGUUUAAUGGUUCUAAUUAUUCUUUUUGGAAAGUGAGGAUGAGAAAUUUUAUUCAAUCUGUUGAUAUUGAAGCAUGGCAAAGAAUUGUUAAAGGUCCUGAAAUUCCAUUAGAAUUGCAUGCUGAUGGUUAUAGAGAAAAACUAGAAGAUGAAUAUAAUGAACUUGAUUGGAAGAAAGUUUCUUUAAAUGCUAAAGCUUUAAACAUUCUUCAUUGUGCACUUGAUGCAACUGAGUAUAAUCGUAUUUCAGGUUGUGCAUCUGCAAAAGAAGUGUGGGAUAAACUUGAAGUCACAUAUGAAGGGACUAAUCAAGUGAAGGAAUCAAAAGCAAAUAGGCUUGUUCGGGAAUAUGAACUAUUUGAGAUGAAACCUGGAGAAACCAUUUCAGAAAUGAGCACAAGAUUUACUGAUCUGGUGAAUGUUCUCAAAGCUCUUGAAAAAGAAUUCACUGAAGAAGAGUUAGUCAAGAAAGUCUUGAGGUCACUACCUAAAUCAUGGGAAACAAAAGUUACGGUGAUCUUUGACACCAAAGAUUUCUCCAAAUUCACUUAUGAUGAGCUGAUUGGGUCUCUUAUUGCUCAUGAAAUGCUUUAUGACAAGAGCAAGAGCAAUGUAGAUGAUGAAAAGAAAAAGAGAGGAAUUGCCUUAAAGUCAAGCCAAGAGGAUGAAUUAAGGAAAACUAUAGCUUUUAAGGCUGCCUCAAGUGACAGCUCCAAUUGUUCAAGUGAUGAAGAUGAUCUUGCCAUGAUUACAAGAAGAUUCAAGAAAGCAUUCAAAAAGGGAGGUUCAAAAUAUAAGAAAUUCCUGAAGAAAUAUUCUCCCAAAGGUGAAACAAGCAAAGAUCAAAGUGAGAUUAAAUGCUUUGAAUGCAACAAACCUGGUCACAUCAAGCCAAAUUGUCCUAAAUCGAAAAGAAGAAUUCAAAGGACAAGAGCAAGAAAGCCUUGGUUGCUGGUUGGAUGGAUAGUGAUGAUUCCUCAAGUGAUAACUCUAGUGACAAGGAGGUUGCACACAUUUGUCUCAUGGCUCUAG